AUGUCUGCUCUAGACUGGUUCCGACCCUGGCAACACUCCGGCGCUCAUGAGCCAAGUAGGAACACUUGCACGUCCGACAACAGCAACUCAACGGCAGACCAAGAAAGAAUGCUGAGGGCAGAACGAGCUUCGCACAAGGCGCGUCUUCCGCAAGCCCCUGCGGCUCUCGAAGAAAUCGUCGACGACAGGGCACACGCCUGGCAUCACCCAACCCUUGAUCAGACUGUUGACAUCCUAUACACCAUUAUGAUGACGAAAUCGGUCUCAACACCGCUCCCGGUAGAGUUCGACCCACAUGUUCGACAUCUACUCGAAGGAUUUUCGGGAUUACAAACCUCCCUACACGAGACACAGCAAUUGCUUGAAGAGGAGACUGAAACAAAAAGAAGAAGCUUGGACGAGUUCACGACAAUGUCAAUAGAUUGGGGGAAGAAGGAGAGCGAUUACAAGGCUGAAAUCCGCCGGCUUGAGUUGCUCUUGGCCCGAGCUGCCCCCGAAGGUGUUGCGGCUGUUGUGCUUGCGAGAUCCGGGAGCGUUGUGGAUCGCAGCCUGGCCGAGUCAAGGCGGUUCAAGGCACGCAUUCGUGACUUGACGGACGGCGCAGAGGAUGAUCCUAUGCCCUCUCAGCAUGCUCAAGCAGGCGCUGAUGUCGAACAUGGCGAUGUCUGUUGCCCUAAUGAAACAAGACUUCCAAGGAAGCCUCAGCGAUUCGCAUCACAUCGCUCAAUUUUGACUAUUCGGCAAGACUUGACCCCGGACGCCGAUGUCAUCAGCAGUGAGCGGCUUCGCCGCCACAGCCUGCGCCGGAGACCUGGCCAGAGACGACGUGCCGCGACGUCUGUCGUUAAUGUGGGCAGUAGUUCACAAGAGCCUGAACUGCAUCUGGGCCGCCGGGAUGCAAACUCUAAACAUCCAAAACCUGGGCUAUGUCUGGGUCCGGGCACCGCGAAGCUUGACGACUUCUUACGUUCUCGCCUAAGCGAUCACCUCGCGGCCGGUUCAGUGGCACUUUACUCAUAUUCGACGGAUAAAUUCGAUGAUUCGGACCGCGGCGAAGACGAGGACAUCACGGAGAUACACCAUCGCCGCAUUUUCUCAUUCCAAGCUGGCGAUGACAGGCUCCCGAUGGUCAGCCACCGCUAUACAUCUCCAAGGAAACAAUGCUACGACAAUUCCGUCAUCGAUAGGCACAAUGCAAGCACGACCUCUCUUUCAAUGAGCCCAGGGAAACAUUUACAGGGCGAACAAGUUGGGGAAGUGGCUGAGUCGACUGGAUACUCGUCAAACGAAAUGAUCCCCGAGGAGAACACAGUCAGCAGCACUUACAGAAGAACACUGGCCUCUAACGGCAGUGACGUUCACGAGCAAACCCCAACUGAGAAGAUUUCCUGCCAGGGCCUUGUCAUGGCUCCCUGCAAGAACUUCAGAUCUCCGCAAUACCGCAAUAGAUCCACCAGCUUGCCCGAAGACAUACGUGAGACUACCGGACGCAGCUCUCGGAGCGGUCGAAAGAUCGCGGCACAUACGAUCUCUGAAGCAUGUCAGAGAUUGGCUCUACUGGACGUCGGCAGACAGUCCGGGGAACGGCCGAGCGUGAGCCGUAGCAGUGCAGCCUACACACAGUGA